GAACGUUCUUAGAUAGAACAAGAAGAUAAAAUUGAUUUCGUGACAUAAGUAGAUACUUUAAGGUAAGAAAAACAGCGUUGUUUCAUCAUAGACAUACAAUGCAAUUGUAGACAAGGCGCGCCGCCUGACAGCACAAUGCGGCGGCGCAGGCGCGACUGCGGCAGGGGAGAGCCGUGACCGCAGCAUUUAUAGAAGUGGUAGAAAAUAAGCAGUGAGAAAAUCCAUUCCGAGGAAAGCAGAGGGUCAAACGAGGAAAGCAGAAACACUGUAGUUGGGAGUUGAAACUGAACAAUACAACCAAUACUACCUCGACUGCCAUCAAGUACAAGUAACACCAACUGCAAGUCCACGGUUUGAAAGCAGUCAGACAAUACAGCCUCUGCCUAGUAAACGUCAAUUCUUGGCGGUCUUUGAAGUUGAAGGAGGCAACAACAACGACAACAAGCAGUCGUUCACGAAAGAACAUUCAUCUUCAAGUACAGAUUUUCAAUCGCAUGGUAGUAGCAACGUAACAACAAACAGCAGCAACAACUACUACUGGCUCAAAGAACACCCAGACGCGGAGGACUUGCUACACCCGAAGAGGACUUGCCGUCUUUAACCAUAGUCCUCCCAUUGCCCCAACGCAUCCAGAGAACUUGUGACUUGCCUUCUUUCCCCAGAGUGAGUCCAUUCGUUGCUUCAACGUCACAAGAAAGCUCGUUUUUCCCGUUCGUAGUUGCUUCAACGCACCAAAAAACCCUCGUUCAAGAUGGGGUUCAUGGGCAAUAAUAAGCAGCUGCUGAAGCUGGCCACUUUGGCAGCUGAUAUGCGGAAAGACUUGACCAAUCUGGAGAAGCAGAUGGAAGCCGCACAAGAGGAGGGAAAUAAGAAACAGGAAGCGAUGGCAUUUGAAAUCGAGCAGCUGAAAGAGAAGGUGUCCAAAAUGACGAGCAUCCUCCAGGCACACGUGAAAGCAGUACUGCCUAGGUUAGAGGCGGAAGAAAAGAAGUCAGAGGAGUUUGAAGAAAGGUACGUCCUACGAGUUCUUCAUUUUCCUUACGUAACCUGAGAUGAGAUUCCGCUUAGAGGUACUAAUCGUAAUCGAUGAGAAGAAUUCUACAUCUUCAUCCCCGUUUGUAGUAGUUUUCGACGAAGAGAUCAUGGUGGUCAUGAUGCGACAAGAUAAAAUUGUGCAUUGAUUAUGAUCGAUGAAAUAGAAAUCGAUCCCCAACCAACAAACCAACCAACCAACCAACCAACCAACCAACCAACCAACCAACCAACCAACCAACCAACCAACCAACCAACCAACAGAAUCACGAAAUUAGAGCAAGGAGAAGGAGGUAUGAAACCUAGGAGAGCCAGAGGGGGCGCAGUUGACUUAACCGAUAUCGUCGAGGAGCACGAUACGAAACUAGAGCAACUUCUUGCGAUAGUGCAGGUACUUCCAUCUAAAAAAGUUCAAGUUGCUAUGAUGUGCGUCGAGUAUACGCGGAGAAUCAAUACGUAGUCCUAGCUCCUGGUUGUCGCCUCCUCAAAAACCAAAUUCAACACCAGGAUGAUAUCCUUCCCAAAUUUGGGGAUUCGGAGAAGAGCGGGAAAAAUCUUGGGCAAGAGGUGGGAAAUUUGAAGACUAUGGUCAGCGAGAUGGAUGGGCGAGUGAAGGAGUGCGAGGAUGCUGCGGCUGGCGCGCGUGAGGUAGCCAGCGAGUUCGGUGAUUUGAAGAGCCUCUUGCUAAAAAAAGUGGACGACGUCUGCGAGGAUAGCUUGAAUCUGCGAUACGAUUACGAUUUGAUGUUGCACACGAACACACGCUUCGUGAACUGGAAAAUUGACGCCGCACGAUCAAAAAUCACGGAGAUGUGUAAGAAGAUACUUUUACGCUGAGUCUGAAAGUUCUACCUGUGAUCACAACCCGAGUUUUUGUGUGCGUUGUACACCAUCAUUCGUAAGUACAUGUUCUCGAUUGAUCUUUUCCUCAUACAGCAUGUAUCCAUCUGUCUAUCUACUAUCAUUCUUCAACCACAACAUCAUGGAUCACAAUCAGCAGGGAUGUUGAUAUCUCCCAUGAUCAACCUCUACCACAGUCAUGCGCUCUUGCUCCCUGUGGUCGCCGCCUUUCACUAUGGCCACGUUUCCGGUAAUGUAUUUGCAGUUGCGUGUGCAAGCUGGCGACUCCCCAGGAUCGCAGUCGGCUUCGCGGCAAGUGCAAAAUAUGGGUAGGCAUUUGCCUACUAAUGGGGGACUCAUUCUCACGGUGUGGACUCAACCGGGAGUGGAAGCAGUCUUCAGAAUUAGCGUCGGACCAGUCACGAAGAAAUUUAGAGCAAUAUUCGAAAAAGAUGGUAUUUUGUCGCGUUAUUUUGUAUCUUCAGAGCAAUGUGAAUGUUAUUCGAAGAAGAUGGUAUUAUGCCGUAUCUUCUAUACUGAAACAAGCUUCCCUCGAUGAUCGAAUUAAUUUGUUAGGGCUGCGUAUGGUGCGCACAAUACUAAAAAAACGUAGUAAAGAGCAACACUGACAUUCACCCUAUAGUAUAUUAAAAUAGUACAAAGAAAUCAUCACCCGCCAACAUCAACAGAGUCGAAUCCACGGCAAGACUUGGUAGGAUGCACGGUGACGAAUUUCUGCGCCCUAGAUCCAGCUUGGAAUCGAUUGAAUGAUACGAUACUGGUGGGCCUGGAGAUCAUGGAGGCUGAUCUAACCGGCAGUGUAGAGCUGCAGGUAGCGCAACCGAACGUGCUGACAGAUUAUCCCGCAAUGAAUGACGGAAAAACUUCAGAGAUGCAGUUUAAACGGAGGAUAUUAUCGGACGCGCACAUGCUAGAGCAGGUGGAUAGAAAACUGCAGAAUUUGAAUUAUGGUGAAGGAAUAUCCAAGUACUGUUGAAGGCAAAGCGCACUAACAAGUAUCCAGUCGGUCCUGUUUGUUAAAAUAAAGGCACCAAGUAGUAUUGCCAGUAGCGACAAAGACGAUCUCGUCUACGUAUCUAGAAAAGAAAAGUGAACAGGUGCUUAGCCGUUUGCGCAAGAAAGAUGGGUUCAUUCAGGGGAGAAAAGUAGAAGAUGCGUCUUGAAGGUACGUUCGGGAAACGACCCCUCUCUAAUGCAAGCAAAGGUGGGUCAGGAAGGUCGAGUGGCAAAUCCGACAGGUCCUACCUCUCCUAGAUAAGAGUGCCACAAAUGACGUGAUCGAAUCACCCGCUUUUUCGGCAGCCGGCAUCUCCGAGCUCAAGUUCGUCUUUUACCCAAGGGUAUCUGUCUCUAUGUGGUCUUCUUGAUUUGGAUGUUGUGGCGCUGUCGUUUUCUUUCCAGGAGGUUUCGGAUCCUCUGUUGUGCGUGUCCCAAAAAUGGCCUUUCUUAUACAUAGAUGAUACAUGAUCGGAGAAAUUGUAGAUCUUGAUGCAUUUAUCCUUCUCUCCUCCGUGCUGUAGGGCGUCGACCCAGCCAACCCCGGAUGGUGCGGACUCUAUCUGAGGUGCGCAGAAGAAAAUGUCUUCAUCAAAUUUCAACUCUCUGUGGGCAAAACCUCCAAAGUCUUCGAACAUUUUUACGCAACGAGAGGAGAAGUUUAUGGUACAACCUACGAUCUAUGGGAAAACUCAAAAUACGCGAGUUACUGACUGAAAUAAGAGAGUCUUGACUACAUUGAUUCGUCUUCUUUCAGUAUGUAUCUCCCUUAUUUUCAAUAGUUACUCGGUUAUUUCAGUUUAUCGAAUAUUGGCUAGUAUGUUGCGUUUUGUCUGUGUAGCCGUAGUCAGUCUGUCUCCCAGGUAAAACGAAGUUUUGCUAUCUCGAGACGCAGAUCGAGAAUCGCGGUGAUGAGGAGUUGUCGCUUUUGAAUAUCUGCGUUGAGGUGCUGGAGGUUUCACACAGGAAGAGAGAUACCGAAAACGUGCUUCUCUUCCAUCGUGACGACACCUACGCGAAAGAGGAGUAUAGAGUCCUCACGCUACCUCCAAGGGCGGGCGCGGCGAAUAAGGUCUAGGUCUGUAAGUAAAUAGAUUCUAAGGCAGGUGAGGAACACCAGCAAGAAGAUCCUAUUUCGAGAGUAAUGUCCCUAAGAUAAUAGCGAGCAAUGUAUGAGCUUUUUUUUUGUUUAUCUUAUCGUACUUUCGUUGAUAUUAUUCAGAUGAGUGAGUGACAAAAUUUUCAACCGUUGGUAUAUCCUAUAAACUAAUCAAUUUGCUAGACAUAAAGCUAGAAGCAGUCCUCGAAGCGAGAAGCAGUCUUCGACUCGCCUGUUCUAAAGUAGUGUUGUAAGAAGGAUCUUCACAGCAAACACAGUAGCGGUUGCAUAUCUCUUAUGCAUAGGACGAUAGAGUCUUUGAAUAGUGCGAAUUUCGAAAGGUUAGAGUUGAGUGCAUAGAGUACCCGUUAAACAGUGCAAAGUGAUUUACAGAUAGUACCCUGUAAAAACUCUGACGCAUCCCACGUAGACAUGAGCCAACAUCCCGUUCUCGAUUACCAUUCUUACGCUGAGUAGUUACCAUUGAUCUAUACCAGUUUUUCACACGAUAGCUGAAUGAGUACUGAUAGGUUCUCAAUAUCCAAUAGAGCUUAGUCUACCAAAUGCAUAUUAUGUUACCGUUGAUCAUUUCUUGUCAUACAAUUGAGGUCUAUUGUCGUAUUGAUCCUCAGGUAAAUGCAUCAGAGUCAAAUGUACUCGAAGUGAAAUGCGAAGAAAAUGAACUCAAUUCGAAGAUUCAAACCGAGUCGCUUCCUUUUCAAGUCAUUGUAAAGGAAACUUUGAAAUGACCAUAUUAAGUUACUUAGAAGCUAGUCACGCUAGAACUUCUAUGCGAUAGGGCUUCUCAGGUGAUGGUGAUCAUCGAGUAAGGAUCGCAACAU